CGAGCUUUAGGAUCUUCACAGUCCAAACAAGUUUUAGAUUCCAAGUUUGGACACUGAUGCAUACGAGUGUGUCACAAUACAAAAACAGAAGGCUAAAUGGAGCUUAUUAUUGCAAGCGACAAGAAGAAGUUGUCAACUGACAAUGAACGGGAGAAUAAUCCAUUACAACAAUGUAAUGAUUCAAUGAUAUAGCCUAGAUGUUAACGAAACGCCUAAUCGCAAUCUUCACUAAAAAAUUGUGAUGAAUUUCUUUCCAAAGAACCAUCGCUAUCUCUUAAUAAAUGUAAUAAAUAAAUUCCAAAAAUUAUGAUAAUUCUCCAAACUGGGCAAACCUCAAACGCAAGCCUUAAUUUUUAUUUUAUUUUUUAUUUUUCCUUUUCAAGGUUUUGAUUCAGCCGUUUUUUCUUCGGUAAUUAUCACUUGCUUUAAGAAACUGGGGAGAUCUCGAUUAUAUUAUGAAGAACGGGGAUUAGAUAUUUUAAGAAAGAAUUGGGGGAAAAGGGAAAAAAAUCUUGUCUUCUUCAUAUUCAGCGGUAAACCAACAAAAAUCCUCCUGUUUCUGUUUUAAUGGCUGUCAGCAACCACCUUCUUAAAGCUCUGGAUAAAGUACAAUAGCAGUAACAAACAACCUUCGGGGAAUCAUAACUUUGACCUUUUCCCAAACCGAAAAUUUUGUUUCCAUGCGCUGAUUUGUUUGUAAAGAUCCAAUCUUUUUUUUUGUUCUCUUUUUGGGGUUUCAAAUACUCAAAGACUAAGAACUUCGUUUUGGAGAACUCAACUCGCACCAUGCAGAUUUUAAUUAAGAAAUUCACCUCUCUCUUCUGGGUUAUUGAGGUUCUUGGGUUUCUUGGGAUGUUUUUUCCAUUGCAAAUUCAUGCCCUGAAAGCCCCUUUUCAUCCUUCCGACGUUUUGCCUGUUCUCCCAAGGCAAGUCUCAUGGCCGAUUCUGAACUACUUGAAUGGUGCUGCGGACCUUUUGCCUUCGUUUGUUGGGGCUGCUUUGCCUGCCAACAAUACCUUGGAUUGGAAAGGGGCAUGCUUUUAUCAGAACACUGCUUGGUUGGAGUUUCACAACAAGACUGGCAGUCAGUUUGGUGGCGGUACUCUGCAUCUCAAGAUUAGCCAUGCACAUAGCUGGACAUGUAUGGAUCUUUACAUCUUUGCAACUCCAUACCGUGUGACCUGGGACUAUUAUUUUUUGUCCCGGGAACACACCUUGGAGUUUAAUGAAUGGGAUUCAGAGGCUGAGUAUGAAUACGUCAAGCAUAAGGGAAUUUCAAUAUUCCUUAUGCAAGCAGGAAUGCUAGGAACACUUCAGGCACUGUGGGAUGUCUUCCCCUUGUUUACAAACACUGGUUGGGGUGAGAACUCAAACCUUGGGUUCCUCAAGAAACACAUGGGGGCUUCAUUUGAGCAGCGACCCCAACCUUGGGUGACUAAUGUCAGUGUUGAUGACAUUCACUCUGGUGAUUUCCUUGCGAUAUCAAAAAUUCGUGGCCGAUGGGGUGGUUUUGAGACUUUAGAGAAGUGGGUUAGUGGAGCGUAUGCUGGUCAUACCGCUGUUUGUUUAAGAGACUCUGAAGGAAAGCUAUGGGUUGGGGAAUCAGGACAUGAGGAUAAGGAGGGGCGAGAUAUUAUUGCAAUUAUGCCGUGGGAGGAGUGGUGGGAAUUUGAGUUAAAAAAGGAUGAUGCAAAUCCACACAUUGCUUUGCUUCCUUUACGCCCUGACAUCCGGGCCAAGUUCAAUGAGACUGCUGCCUGGGAAUAUGCACGAAGCAUGGAUGGGAAACCCUAUGGAUAUCAUAACUUGAUUUUUAGCUGGAUAGACACAAUUGAUGGAAAUUAUCCUCCACCUUUGGAUGCUCAUCUGGUUGCGUCUGUCAUGACUGUCUGGAGUCAGAUACAGCCAUCAUAUGCUGCUAAUAUGUGGAAUGAGGCUUUAAACAAGCGGCUUGGAACAAAGGUUUUUUCUUGGACUUGUUAUCUUAUUCGCUAACUAUUCUUAAGGAAAUGAGUUAUAAAUUUUCAUAAACAGAGAGGAAGGUUGAGGAAUCUAUGUAGUGACUAACCAGUUCCCCCUUGAAAGAUUCAAAUGUUUAAGGAAAAGCUUAGAUCCUAAUUAUGCCAUUUGUGUGUGGUAAGAUCUGUAUGGAUAUUAAGACCUAUGGCUAUGGCUGACAUAAUUUGUGGACCCCAACAGAGUUAGUCCCUCUUGGCUGACCUGUAUGUAUUUUAAACGAAAGAGCUAAGAUUCUAAGACUGCCACUCCUAGAUGCUUGUUCAAAACCUUCUAGUGAUAAAUAAACUUAGGUUCUAUAAUACUCUGUUUCAAUUUGGUUUAGUAAUUAAUUUGAUCAUGUGUCCUUAUUUUGUUCAUGAAGGGCCUCAAUCUCUCUGAUGUUCUGGUUGAAGUUGAGAAGCGUGGAUCAUCUUUUGCUCAACUGUUGGCGAUUCCGGAACAGGAUGAUUGGGUGUAUAGUGACGGCAAAUCUACAUCGUGUGUUGCCUUUGUUCUUGAGAUGUACAAAGAAGCAGGGAUAUUUGGUGAUCUGAGAAAGUCCAUUCAAGUUACUGAGUUUACGGUCAGUUUGCUGAAACACUGACUCUCUUUCUUUGUAGCUGAUUAUUGUUAUUUUUCCACUCGGUAUGUUGAUAUAUGGUUGCAAACAAGAUUUUACCAAACUGCUCAGUUGGUUGAUAUAUGGUUGGGUAUGUUAGUUGUGUUCUCCAUUCAGUUUCUCUCUGUGAUCUGAUCUCCCGAACAGAUCCCUUUGAAGAGUGCUUAACAGUUUACUAAGUUAUUGUAAAGGAAAAGAGAUUCAUAGUGCAUGGUGUUUAUUGCUUUGAUCUUCAAGUAGUUUAUCUUUGUGAUUUGAUGUUCAAAAGAUUUAUGUUACUGAUCCAGUGUGGAACCCAUUCGAACAUCUAAAAAUUUUUCUCAUUUUGUUUGCAAUUCCAGAUAAAAGAUGCAUAUACACUGAACUUUUUUGAGAACGAUUCAAGCCGCUUGCCUCCGUGGUGCAAUGAUGGUGACACGGUGAAGCUUCCAUUCUGCCAAAUCAAAGGAAAAUACAGGAUGGAACUCCCUGGAUACAACAGCAUGGACCCUUACCCUCAUAUGAACGAGAGGUGCCCGUCUAUGCCACCAAGUUACUGCAGGACGAAAGGUUGCUGAUUAGUUUUAGCUGAUAGCCCCAAUAGAACGCAGGCAGUAAUGUUUUCAUAUAGUCUUGUAAGUAUAUCUCUUUGAAGUAGUUUGUCAUACGGAAUUAUACGUUUUUUUACUGACAAACUAGUUUAGUGAAGGGAGAAAAAGAAAAGAAGGUAGAGAAAGAAAGAUGUAGCUAUACAAAUUGUAAAUCCAAUGUAUAUAAGAUGAUGUUGCUUUCUAUAUAUGAAUGUCCAUUUUUUUUAAAAAAAAUUUUUUUAUUUCUCCUCUGCUGUUUUCUUUUAUGGGGUUGGAGUAG